ACAACAGGGUCUCUGCAAUUUGAAAAUAUGAAGACUUCGGCGCGCUCAAGUUGAUCUUGUUGAUUCAAAUCACCAUGGGUGAUCCCUAGUCUCCCACGCUGUCAAACGACUACGUGGGAAGGUACAUGAUCCCCGACGUGAUAAAACUUACAUACGUGCGAUCGCGUUACUCUGUUGUCACGCUGCCAUUGAAAUCCUAUCCGCGAGCCGCGAAUAGGAUGUCAACAGCAGUGUAACCUUAUCGCAUGUAUGUAGUGUGAUCACGUCCCGGGGAAUUCCCAUCAACAAGAUCGAUUCGCGCUACAAUUGCACGAUGAAUUUAACUGGUAAUACGGUCAAAUAGGACUCCUCUGCUCCCUGUGCCCAAGUGCCCAACACUCGCCUGCGCCUCUUGCUUCUUCGGACGUUCUUUGGCGGUUGGAUUGCGUGACAGAUCACACUUGCAAUUGCUCACUACACAAGCUUGCGGGAGCAUCCGGUAACUCCAGCCGAAAAAACCGGAUGCUCUCUGAUGCUAACUCAAAAUACCAGUCCACUAACAGAGACAUAAAUUCUUCAGAGUUACAGUUACCCUUAGCAUGCAUUAGCGACUUCGCAGUAGUGGCAAUUUCCGUUGUUGGUGCGGACAUGCAUGACGUCAGUCUUUUGCAUGCGCCUAGUCACACACGCUUAGUUACAUGAGCUGGGUCGUGCUUAGUCCGCGUUUUAAAUCGUCGAAUUGAAUGUUGACAACGCUUCCAGACUAGAUUCAUUGAAUUGGAACUUUGCUUUAUGCUUUAGAAGCAGUAUGACAUGGUUAGCACGCGUGUGCAGGGUGCCCAAAGGACGCGGGCAAGAACGCUCCGAUGCAACAUGUGAUAAACAUUUGAUGUUAAAGGCAAUCCCCUCGGGCAGCUUUUAUGUUUUUUUAAAGAUCGGAACAAGAAAAAUCUCGUGUCCCAACUGAAACAAGAGACUUGAAUUGUUACGGGUCGGUUUUCAGCCGUCAGAAAUGGCUAAAACUGCUUCCAUCGAGUCACCUUUACCGGACGAAACGGUACGUAACCUGUCUGCUGAUGUUUCGUCGCAGAAAACGAUGUCACUACAAGGAAAACCGAAACGACUGAAUGUAGGAUUGUGCGAAGUUCCCUUUUUUGUGGCAAAUUUGUGCUUUGCAGUUAUCGUGUUAGUCGGCGAAGUUGGGCACAAAGUGACUUUGCCAAUGUGGUUGGACCACGCAAAUGCAACUGACUGCACAGAGUCCUCGCUCGACAAUUACUUCGUUUUGUCGUUUUCGUCUCUAGUCUUUGUCUUCACAUUUGGGUUGGGAACACUGUUCAUUCGAGUCUUUUCGCCCAAAGAUAUUGGCGAGACGGAAAGAAACUUUCCUCAUCGGCUGUUUUUCCUUGUUGGACUCAGUGAUGCCAUUAAUGGAGUACUGGUAGUUUUCGCCGCAAAAGGGACCAGAACUCCUCCAUAUCUACAAGCAAUUCUUGGGAAUUUUCUAAUUCCCCUGACAGUCUUAUUCAGACUGAUCAUUUUGCGCAGGAAGCCCACCCUUCUCAAGCUACUAUGUAGUUUCGCUGUGAUCAUCGGUCUUUUCAUCUGCAUCAUUCCAACAGUGUUUCCCGAAAUUGAUUCCAAAAUCAGCGACGAAACCACUAUUGAGAUUGACUCUUUCUCCAGGGUGAUGUGGCCGAUCAUAUUCAUGCUUGGAAGCGUUCCAGAAGCUACCAUGAGAGUGUAUGAGGAGCGUGGUGUAAAGAUCGAAGAUGACACAUCAAAUGAGCAAAUCAAUCUGGUGUACUUUUUAUUUUGGACAUCAACCUACGAGCUUCUCUCUGUCGCUCUGUUCUUCUGGGUGGAUCUCCUUCCGUGGUACGGAGACACUAAGAUAAACAAUUUUGGAACAAAAUGGAGGACAGGGUUUCAAUGUUUCUUCGGUGGGGCAGGCUGUAGUGCUACCCCAGGUAUCGCGGGAGUCAUUUAUAUUGUCACACAUGUUAUGUCGCACGUCGGUGCUGCAAAUCUCUUGAGGCACUCAGAAGGAGCAACAUUGCUGGCUAUUGUAAUGUCACUCGAAACGCCGCUUGGAUUCCUUUUCUGGACUUUGUUCAAGGAAGUACCGUUCAAGUGGCAGCCGGAAGGUCACAUUGGCACUUGGUUCAGCAUCGGUGGGCUGGCCAUCAUGGUUCCCUCCAUUUAUAUUUACAACACAGGUGCGUCAGAGAUUUCCGUGGCUCCUGACGAAACAGAGCAUCCGUGGGAAAGAAAUCACAGUGCCGAUUCUUUUUCUGAUCUCUACUACUCAGCCACCAAUCCAGAAGAACCUCUACUCUCUAACAGCAUCCAAGUAACCAGCUAUAACUCCUUCAAAAACUCAGUUUCUUCGCUGGUGUAAAGAUAUUUUAAACCUGUAGCAAACCGUGGGAGAAAAUUGAGCCGUGAGAAUUCUCCACAAAAGUACGACAAAAUUGCAUUGAAAUAGAUACUGAAUUAAUUUUAGACCGACACAGGACUGUCUUCCAAGUAAAUGGCGCCAAGUUGCAUUGCGUAGCCUGUUCCAAAGAAAUGAAGAUGUAUUGGAUAGCCUGUGCAUAGCUGCAGCAAAAUUGCUCUGAACUUUUGCGGGCCCUGAAUCUUACUGGCUUGUUCCUCAUCGUUAGAGUGUACACAAACCAAUUAUUUUCAUAUACUUCAUACACAAACCUCAAAAUGCAUGGUGACGAAUAGCCUCGAUCUAUCUUAACAAUGCUUUACUGGCAGGAACAGUGAUCAGUACUUAAGUCAAAUGGAACUGAUGAAUUCUAAGAUUGUAAAUGAGAUGUCAACACAGAUGACUGGGAAUUAAGUUGGGCUCGAUCUUGACCUGGCAACGAGCAUGCGCGCUUUAUAACUCUUUUCCUUCAUUUUGAUAGAAUUUCAAGUGGUUUGUGGAGUAUAGUUUUUGUUAAUUAUUAUUUUCUGUUAAGAAAGGAGGUUCAUUAUUAUUUGAUCUGUCACCGAUGUUUGCGAGUCGUUAGACAUUUUUUAAAAUUACUUCAAAAACUCAUUGGUAAUUCAUAAAGGAAAUACAAUAGAAAUUAAUGUUUAA